UACCUCCCUAGAAUAAUGGAGAGGUAUAUGGCUCUCACAGCUCACUCCUGCUGCCUAAAGCCUCCCUAACCCAAGUCUGUCUCUCUCUGCAGUCCCACCCCCUGUACCUGUGCAAUGCCAGUGAUGACGACAAUCUGGAGCCUGGAUUCAUCAGCAUCGUCAAGCUGGAGAGUCCUCGACGGGCCCCCCGCCCCUGCCUGUCACUGGCCAGCAAGGCUCGGAUGGCGGGUGAGCGAGGAGCCAGUGCUGUCCUCUUUGACAUCACUGAGGAUCGAGCUGCUGCUGAGCAGCUGCAGCAGCCGCUGGGGCUGACCUGGCCAGUGGUGUUGAUCUGGGGUAAUGACGCUGAGAAGCUGAUGGAGUUUGUGUACAAGAACCAAAAGGCCCAUGUGAGGAUCGAGCUGAAGGAGCCCCCGGCCUGGCCAGAUUAUGAUGUGUGGAUCCUUCUGACAGUGGUGGGCACCAUCUUUGUGAUCAUCCUGGCUUCGGUGCUGCGCAUCCGGUGCCGCCCCCGCCACAGCAGGCCGGAUCCGCUUCAGCAGAGAACAGCCUGGGCCAUCAGCCAGCUGGCCACCAGGAGGUACCAGGCCAGCAGCAGGCAGGCCCGGGGUGAGUGGCCAGACUCAGGGAGCAGCUGCAGCUCAGCCCCUGUGUGUGCCAUCUGUCUGGAGGAGUUCUCUGAGGGGCAGGAGCUACGGGUCAUUUCCUGCCUCCAUGAGUUCCAUCGUAACUGUGUGGACCCCUGGUUACAUCAGCAUCGGACUUGCCCCCUCUGCAUGUUCAACAUCAUAGAGGGAGAUUCAUUUUCCCAGUCCCUGGGACCCUCUCGAUCUUACCAAGAACCAGGUCGAAGACUCCACCUCAUUCGCCAGCAUCCCGGCCAUGCCCACUACCACCUCCCUGCUGCCUACCUGUUGGGCCCUUCCCAGAGUGCAGUGGCUCGGCCCCCACGACCUGGUCCCUUCCUGCCAUCCCAGGAGCCAGGCAUGGGCCCUCGGCAUCACCGCUUCCCCAGAGCUGCACAUCCCCGGGCUCCAGGAGAGCAGCAGCGCCUGGCAGGAGCCCAGCACCCCUAUGCACAAGGCUGGGGACUGAGCCACCUCCAAUCCACCUCACAGCACCCUGCUGCUUGCCCAGUGCCCCUACGCCGGGCCAGGCCCCCUGACAGCAGUGGAUCUGGAGAAAGCUAUUGCACAGAACGCAGUGGGUACCUGGCAGAUGGGCCAGCCAGUGACUCCAGCUCAGGGCCCUGUCAUGGCUCUUCCAGUGACUCCGUGGUCAACUGCACGGACAUCAGCCUACAGGGGGUCCAUGGCAGCAGUUCUACCUUCUGCAGCUCCCUAAGCAGUGACUUUGACCCCCUAGUGUACUGCAGCCCUGAAGGGGAUCCCCAGCGAGCGGACAUGCAGCCUAGCGUGACUUCUCGGCCUCGUUCCUUGGACUCGGUGGUGCCCACAGGGGAAACCCAGGUUUCCAGCCAUGUCCACUACCACCGCCACCGGCACCACCACUACAAAAAGCGGUUCCAGUGGCAUGGCAGGAAGCCUGGCCCAGAAACUGGGGUCCCCCAGUCCAGGCCUCCUAUUCCUCGGACACAGCCCCAGCCGGAGCCACCUUCUCCUGAUCAGCAAGUCACCAGAUCCAACUCAGCAGCCCCUUUGGGGCGGCUCUCUAACCCACAGUGCCCCAGGGCCCUCCCUGAGCCAGCCCCUGGCCCAGUUGAAGCCUCCAGCAUCUGCCCCAGUACCAGCAGUCUGUUCAACUUGCAAAAAUCCAGCCUCUCUGCCCGACACCCACAGAGGAAAAGGCGGGGGGGUCCCUCCGAGCCCAGCCCUGGCUCUCGGCCCCAGGAUGCAACUGUGCACCCAGCUUGCCAGAUUUUUCCCCAUUACACCUCCAGUGUGGCAUAUCCUUGGUCCCCAGAGGCACACCCCUUGAUCUUUGGACCUCCAGGCCUGGACAGGAGGCUACUACCAGAAACCCCAGGCCCCUGUUACUCAAAUUCACAGCCAGUGUGGUUGUGUCUGACUCCUCGCCAGCCCCCGGAACCACAUCCACCUGGGGAGGGGCCUUCUGAAUGGAGUUCUGACACCGCAGAGGGCAGGCCAUGCCCUUAUCCACACUGCCAGGUGCUGUCAGCCCAGCUUGGCUCAGAGGAGGAACUCGAGGAGCUGUGUGAACAGGCUGUGUGAGAUGUUCAGGCCUAGCUCCAACCAAGAGUGUGCUCCAGAUGUGUUUGGGCCCUGCCUGGCACAGAGUCCUGCUCCUGGGAAAGGAAAGGACCACGGCAAACGCCAUUCUUUUUGCCAUACUUCCUAGAAGCACUGGAAGAGGACUGGUGAUGGUGGAGGGUGGGAGGGUGCCGUUUCCUGCUCCAGCUCCAGACCUUGUCUGCAGAACACAUCUGUAGUGCAGGAAAUCCAUGUCCAGCCAGGCAACCAGCUGCUGCCUGUGGUGUGUGUGGGCUGGAUCCCUUGAAGGCUGAGUUUUUGAGGGCAGAAAGCUAGCUAUGGGUAGCCAGGUGUUACAAAGGUGCUGCUCCUUCCCCAACGCCUACUUGGUCUCCCUCACCCCAAGCCUCAUGUUCAUACCAGCCAGUGGGUUCAGCAGAACGCAUGACACCUUAUCACCUCCCUCCUCGGGUGAGCUCUGCACACCAGCUUUGGCCCCUCCACAGUAAGGCUGCUACAUCGGGGCAACCCUGGCUCUAUCAUUUUCCUUUUUUGCCAAAAGGACCAGGAGCAUAGGUGAGCCCUGAGCACUAAAAGGAGGGGUCCCUGAAGCUUUCCCACUAUAGUGUGGAGUUCUGUCCCUGAGGUGGGUAUAGCAGCCUUGGUUCCUCUAGGGGUUGAGAGUAAGAAUAGUGGGGAGGGAAAAACUCCUCCUUGAAGAUUUCCUGUCUCAGAGUCCCAGAGCAGGUAGAAAGGAGGAAUUUCUGCUGGACUUCAUCUGGGCAGAGGAAGGAUGGAAUGAAGGUAGAAAAGGCAGAAUUACAGCUGAGCGGGGACAACAAAGAGUUCUUCUCUGGGAGAAGUUUUGUCUCAGAGCAAGGAUGGAAAAUGGAGACAACAAAGGAAAAGCAAAGUGUGACCCUUGGGUUUGGACGGCCCAGAGGCCCAGCUCCCCAGUAUAAGCCAUACAGGCCAGGGACCCACAGGAGAGUGGAUUAGAGCACAAGCCUGGCCUGAGUGAGUGGACAAGAGCUGAGGGGCCUCAUCAGGGUGACGUUCACCCCAGGGCAGCCUGACCACUGUUAGCCCCGCAGGCACUAUCCCAUUUGGAAUGUGAAUGUGGUGGCAAAGUGGGCACAGGACCCCACCCGGGAACCUUCUUCCCUCAGUUAGUGGGGAGACUAGCACCUAGGCACCCACAUGGGUAUUUAUAUCUGAACCAGACAGACGCUUGAAUCAGGCACUAUGUUAAGAAAUAUAUUUAUUUGCUAAUAUAUUUAUCCACAAA